AUGGUAUAUGCAAACGAGUGGUUAAAUAAAAAAAUUCCGACAGAUGAAAGGAAACGAGAAACAACUCUUUACGUCUACGGCAAAUGUCAAUGUCGUACACUUAAAAGUACGACAAUUUUCGGUCAGCCUGUAACAACAUCGACUGGGGUUGGACUUUUUGGGUCAUUUCCCGUAGAGUCAUCACCACCCGGAUUUGGAUUUAGAUCCGUAAAUAUACCAUCUUCUAAAACUGAAUUUGGAUUUGGAACUCCCGUAAAGCCAGUUGGAUGUCAACAUUGCAACAAUAACGACCAAAGUAAUUGUUACACCGCUCCAGAUUAUUGCUUUUGUAAUGUCUUUUUGGAAGGAGAGUUAGAUCUUAAUGACUUUGUUAAUUUGCAAACGCUAUGCAUUGAAGGUAUUGAGCAAAGCAGUGACAUACAACAAAAGUUAACUAGGUUGAAGAUGGAUAAAUGUAUUAAGUUAACUGAAAUUACGAUUAAUCAUACAACUCUUGGUUAUUUAAGUUUAGGCAGUAAACCAAAAUUGCAACGCACUAAUUUCGUUGGCAACAAACGACUUAUUUUUUGUGAUAGUGUAUUAAGAAAUCAAGUAGAAAGAUUAACCAGCUUGAUCCAAGCUAUUAAAAUUAUUAAUCUUGGUGAUUUAAAAUUAGAGCUUAAGAAAAUAGAAGAGGAGAAUUUAGAUUACCAGUUAGAUGCUAUUAAUAGUAAUCUGGAUGAAAAUAAUCAGAUGUGGCUGGAAAGUUUAGUAGAAGCACAACAAGAAGUUUUACAGACUAACAGUGCCUAUGCCCGUAAGCAAUUAGAAAAAUGUAAAAAAAAGUUGACUGAGGUGCUAACUGAUGAAGAAAUACAAGAUAUUUUGGGUAAAAAGGUAGAAAUUAAUGAGUUGGAAACUCAAUUGAAUAAUAUUAACAAAUUAUCACUAAAUGAUUAA